AUGGAUCCCUUUUCCGCAGAGGGCGAGCUCCUCAACAUCCACAGCGCCUUCCACUCAGGCCAAUACCAGAAUGUGAUCGACUUCGAUACCGCGGCGCUCUCCGCAGAGAACAAGCUUCCCGCCCAAGUCCUCCGGCUCCGCGCCCAGAUCGCCCUCGGCCAAUUCGAUGAAAGCCUCGCCGAACCCUCUAUUGAAGAAGACAGCCCUGAUCUGUCGGCCGUCAAGGCCCUGGCCUUGCAGUCCACUGGCAAGUCCGAGGCUGCGUUGCAGCUCGCACAGGAGCUCGCCGAGAACUACCCCGAAAACAGCACCGUGGAGGUUCUGGCUGGUACAGUGCUCCAGACUCAGGGCCACAGCGAGGAGGCGUUGGCGCUGCUGUCUAAGCACCAGGGUAACCUCGAGGCUGUCUCUAUCAUCGUCCAGAUUCACCUCCAACAGAACCGAGCCGACCUCGCGCUCAAGGAAGUCCAGGCCGCCAAGCGCUGGGCUCAGGAUUCGCUGCUGGUCAACGUCGCUGAGUCGUGGGUUGGCAUGAGGGUGGGCGGCGAAAAGUACCAAUCUGCAUUCUACGUCUACGAGGAACUCGCCUCCGCUCCUGGCACCUCUGCACCCCUAUCCAUCGUCGGCCAGGCCGUCGCUGAGAUCCACCUGGGUCGUCUGCCCGAAGCUGAGGCUGCCCUUACCGCCGCUCUUGAACAAUACCCUACCGACGUGGAGUUGAUUGCCAACAGCAUUGUGUUGAAUGUGUUGGCUGGCAAGCAGACCGAGGAACUGGAGUCCCGGUUACAGCAGGUCCAGCCCGCGCACCCCCUUCUCGUCGAUAUCCAGGAGAAGAGCGAGUUCUUCGAUACCGCGGCAGCCAAGUUCUCUGCCAAGGUGUCAUCCUAG